AUGUCACCUUCGCUGCUUUACAACGAUACCUUCGACGAGGAUGUUCCAAUCCUCAUUAUUGGCGGUGGCCCAUCGGGUUUACUAUUAGCAUUCAUGCUUGAGAAAUUUGGCAUCCGAUCAUUAAUUGCCGAAAGAUAUGCCACCAGGUUAGCUGCUCCCAAGGCACACGCCUUGAGCCCUCGAUCACUCGAGAUGUGUCGCCAAUUCGGGCUGGACGUGAACGAGAUUCGCAUGACCGGUACCUCUCGCAAAGACGCCUAUUGGGUCAACUUCAUCACAAGCUUAGCUGGCGAGUCGGUUGGCAAAUUGCCCUAUGAGCGCAUGGACGCUGAAGUGCUUAACAGCACUCCUACUAUGAUUCACAAUAUCCCACAGCCUGCUUUUGAAGAGAUGAUUGCCAGUAGGCUAUCGCAGAGUAACCUGGUCGAGAUCCGCAAGAACCACACUUUUAUCAGCUUAGAGCAGUUUGAUGGCUAUGUUAUCACAACAAUCAAGGACCGUGAUUCGAACGAAACAUACAGGGUCCGCUCGAAGCAUGUAGUUGCUUGUGACGGCGCAAAGAGUGCUGUGCGCAACUUUCUGGGCAUUGAAAGCGAGGGCGAGGAUUCUUAUGAAACGAUGAUGACUAUCCAUUUCAACGCGGAUCUUCGUCCCAUUGUAAAGGAGCAGGUCGGUAUGCUUCACUGGGCUAUGGAUCCCUUGGUAUCUGGAUUUAUCAUUGCCUAUGAUCUAUCCGGAAACCAAGUUCUGAUUUGCAAUUUCGACUCCAAGAAAUACCCCGUCGAUUCUUGGAAUGAAGAGCACUGCCGCAAGGUCGUCGACGCUGCCAUCGGUGCGAAAACCAAGUAUGACGUUCUCAGUUUCCGUCCAUGGAUACUGAGCCGAAAGGUUGCCAAGUCUUACCGUGAUGGACGGGUCUUCCUUGCUGGUGAUGCCGCUCACUCCUUCCCUCCCACAGGCGGCCUAGGUCUAAACUCCGGCCUCGGCGACGUCCACAACCUAGCUUACAAGCUGGCAGCCGUACAUCGUGGCUCCGCCACCGAGGCACUUCUGGAUACAUACGAAGCCGAGCGUCGUCAGGUUGCCUUGGUAAAUUCGCAACAAAGCGUGAAAAACGGAAAGAAAAUUUUCCGUUUGCUCAAGACACUCGGUACUACCGAUCCCGAUGUCGACAUUGCUCGUCAGAAUUUAUAUCAGAAGAUUCACGAUGAAAAGGCUAUAGUCAAUAUCAACAAAGGAAUUGAGGACCAGCGUGAGCAUUUCGAUAAUCUCGGCCUGCACAUCGGCUACGUGUAUGGUGAUAAUCGGAUCCCUGAGAACGCAUCCGUAUAUGAGCCCGUCUGCGUGCCUGGAGCUCGGUUGCCCCAUGCUUGGAUUAAACUCUCUGAUCCGGAGAAGUUGCAGCUUCCCGCAAUUGACUCAUCGUAUUUUGGUGCUAGCCCACAGAAAGUGGCGGAAAUGACCUACUCUACGCUGGACCUGUGUCGGUUUGACAGCUUCACUAUCCUGGUCGACGAGAGCUUCUUCUCGGAGUUCAAGCCCGCUAUUCAAAAGGCGUUGCAGCAAGUGGCUGACAUCACGGCUUCGAGCUUAUCACUGCAAGUGGUUGUCAUGGGUUUGGAUUUCGUGCUACAGCAUGGUCAGGAAAAAUGGGAUGAUGUGGUCCCUGUGAAGCAGGGCAAGGCCGUGCUAGUACGUCCAGACCAACACAUUCUCGCUGUCUUGGAUCGGAAAGAUAGCGCAGCGUUUAUUGUGGAGGCUUUGAAGAGCCACUUGGCAUGGUCAACGAGCAAUAGAGUGGCUGCCCUAUGA